CAGAGGGCAUACUAGGGAGGGUGAGGCAGGGGCCUGCCUGCCAGACACCCCCAGGGCUCCGGCCCUUUCAAGCAUGAACCAUACCACCUGGGCUCCGCCACUCCCAGUGUGCUCGUAGCUCUUCGUGAGGCCUGGGGCCCUGGAGGACUUCUUCGGGUUCCUCCAGCGACCAUCAUGCAAGGUGGUGCUGGGGACUGCCCUCUUGCUGGGAGGUGGAGGCCUCAUGCUGUGGGCUCAGAGGAAGAAAAGGAAGACAGCCUUAGAAGAAGACGAGUCUCCAGAACCCUGCCGAGCAAAUGGCAGCUGGAUCAAAUCUCACUUUAGCCGCCUUUCGGAAGAGAGGUUGCCCACCCACUGCUAUGGCAGCAACUAUGGCCCCUCACAUGAAAAUAGGCACGGGGAGGCCAACACCACCAUCCACAUGGAGACCCUCACCUCCACACACGGAGAAGGCGGCAAGGCUCUUCGCCGAGAUGCCUUUAACAGCAAACAGAAGGUGUCUGGGACCUCGGUGACCAAAGAGACCCAGAGGGAAUCAGGAAAGUCCCCGUCCAUGGAGGAUGCCGCAUGGGCUGCUGUGACUGCUUGCGCCAAGGAGAUCGAUGCCAAGGGGCAUUACCUGGCGAACUCCAUGCUGCAACGCGCCGGGACAUACCAGCACGUAGGCCAUGUGGAAUCCAGGGACAUCAGCCCGGAAGAGCUGAAGGCUCUGGAGGAGGUGGAGAUAAAGCUGAAAGGGAAUUUCCUCACUCAUCGGGAAACCACCAUAGCUGGUUCCAACCAAACACACAGUGUCCACAGCCAGAGUCGCCAUGGUCACCAAAACCAGCGUAGCCAUUCGAGCUACCAAAGCAACCAAAGUCAUCCUGUAUACUCCAGCCACCAGGGUCAUCAUCCAGGUCACUUGAGCCACCAGGGUUAUCCAAGUCACUCCAGCCACCAGAGUCACCAGGGUCAUCCAGGUCCCUCAAGCCACCAGAGUCAUCUGGGCCACUCAAACCACCAGGGUCAUCCAGGUCACUCCAGCCACCAGAGUCACCAGGGUCAUUCAGGUCACUCAAGCCACCAGAGCCAUAGUCUGCCCAACCGCAGCCACCAAAUCUAUGACUCUUGAAGCCACUUAACCAUGUGCCCCUUCCCCCCAGCAGGGCUGGCUCACAUACACAGGCCUGUUUUCUCUUCUAUGGGGAAACGUGCGUGGUCCAGGGUGAGAGACUGCCACCCAAAUCCCUACUUCCGGCCCCAGCUGGCGUCAUGAGGGAGGAAGGGAGGCAGCUGCAGCAGCCCAAGGGCCCUGAAGACCCGUGAGAGAAGACAUGAGGCAGAUCACAGGAGCAGCCACAAGCCCCGCACUGACUCCACAUGCCUGAUUGGAGCCAAUAAAGCCCUACACGCCCUCA